AUGUUCGCAGACGCUGUUGAAAAUGGGUUUGUGCACGCUUGUGUCAACUCCCCCUCAGGGUUGCCAAGCUCCCUUGAACGGCGAUGUGAAGUAGACGGCAGCAUCCCAGACGGUCAUCGUGGUUCGGGGAAGUUGCUGCUGUCAGCACUGCAGCGCGUAGAUGCAAUACAUCUCUUGCCUUGUCACAUGAAAUACAGCGGAUUGGCAUCUGUGGCAGAGUUAUUUAAGCCAACACGAGUAUCUCCUGUUACAGUGUGGGGAGAAGCAGCAGCAGGGCUUGAAGUGCUCCUGCAUGGACGUUGUCUGCGAGGGAAGCAAGAGCGCUUGGCCUCCGAUAACCUGGUUAGUUCCUCCAGCGCCAUCGCAGCACAUACGCUUCACGGCUUUGUUGUGGCUGCCCAGGAGACUACCUGCAGCCUAGUGGACUUGCGGAGAAACUUCUCCCUAGCUGCUGCUGCAGACUCCGCUCCAGACAAUGGCUGCGUGGAGACUGAAGAGCCGCCUACCGCUGUCACCUCGCUGCGCCCAUUAGCGGAAUUCGACAAGAUAUGCUACUGGCAGCAAGACCGCGAACCUGCAAAUGGUGACGACAUCCCACAAAGUCUUUUCUUUUUGCGGGCGAUGACCGCUGUAAGGCGCUCAUUCUCUGUCCUGUACUCCCUUCGAGAUGCCAUAUUUUUGUAG